UUUGGCCUCGUUCUAGUUUUUCCUUUGGCCCAGUCGGAGCGCGAGACGAUGUCGGAGACUGCUCCCGCCGCCCCGGCCGCUCCAGCCCCCGCGCCGGCUGAGAAGACUCCAGUCAAGAAGAAGGCCAAGAAACCUGCCGGAGCCGGGGCAGCUCGGCGCAAGGCUGCAGGACCCCCGGUGUCUGAGCUGAUCACCAAGGCGGUGGAAGCCUCCAAAGAGCGCAGCGGCGUGUCUCUGGCCGCCCUUAAGAAGGCGCUGGCGGCAGCCGGCUAUGACGUGGAGAAGAAUAACAGCCGCAUCAAGCUGGGGCUCAAGAGCUUGGUGAGCAAAGGCACUUUAGUGCAGACCAAGGGCACCGGUGCUUCCGGUUCUUUCAAGCUCAACAAGAAGGCUUCUGCAGGUGAGGGCAAAGCUAAGGGCAAGAAAGCUGCUCCCGCCAAGGCCAAGAAGCCGGCUAGCGCUGCGGCCAAGAAGCCCAAGAAAGCUGCGGGGGCGGCAGCUGCCAAGAAAAGCGUAAAGAAGACGCCGAAGAAGGUCAAGAAGCCUGCUGCGGUGGGAGCCAAGAAGGCGACGAAGAGCCCAAAGAAGCCCAAAGCCGCCAAGGCGAAAAAAGUGGCCAAGAGCCCGGCUAAGGCCAAGCUGGUUAAGCCCAAGGGGGCUAAACCUAAGACAGCUAAGCCUAAGAAGGCAGCGCCGAAGAAGAAAUGAAGGGUGCUACGGAAAAAUUCCGCUUUUAGAAGCCUCAAAAGGCUCUUUUAAGAGCCACCCCAAAUUCUCAAGACAAAGAGCUUGUUUAACACGAUACUUCCUGAUCCUCUUCCCCCUUCCCACAGUUUCCCUACACUCUUGCCGCGGGGUGGGGGGCGCCAGGACAAAUCAGUGCCUCUUUGGGAAAGAGAGACGCACCUUGGUUUUUCAAAAAGACCUCUUCCGUGCAUGCGGCUCGCCAGCUUGGCUAU